AGCUAACGGCUCGCUUGACGCAGUAGGGAUGUCUCAAGGCAAAGCAGCAGCAGUCAGUCCUGAAAGUAAAAGCAGUCGUGAAACUCCUCGGAGAGCUCUCUCUCCUUUUCUCUGACUUACUGUGUGUAACGAGAAUCUUCCCUCGCGACGUCGCUAAUCGUGGCCUAAUUAUCGGUGGAAGGACGCGGUGAGAAAGUUAACUCUAAAACGCGAAGGUGCUUUACUUGUGUGUUGUUCCGUUGCUACAACUUUGCUCAGUCCAGCAGCAGCCGUUCAAGCCGCGACCACACCCUCCCUGCUUCCUCAUAGUACUGUAGCGGGAGCGCGCAGCACGACUUUGAAUCUCUGGGAAUAACGGCUACUUUCUUCCAGCUACGUUCCACGAUUUCGUGGCCGUUAAAGCGGUUUAAAAAACGAGUGAGUUUUCAAAUGUUAACAGACCACCGACUGGUAUGGAUGUGAGAAGCGACUCCCCACGGAGGACAUGCGGGGCUACACACUCUCUGGUCCCGAGUUAAGACGCGGAGGUGGUGGUGGAGGAGGAGGAGGUGGCGGCGGAGGGCGGACAGACGGACGAUGCACAUGGAGUCGAAGCGACCGGAGCAACUGCUAGCUUCUAACCCAGGGCUCUGUUUGAAAAAGAAGAGGUUGAAAGUGGAUUGAUUUUUGGGGGGUUUGAUUGAGGACAAGUCGCCCUUUCGAUGGAUUUUACUCGGGAGGACUAAUGAAACGAUGAUGCCGGAGGGAAACGCAAGUCUUCCCGCUACCCAGAAGAGCUGCCCGGGUGUUGCCCCGUCUGUAACCAGCAUGAGUGCGCCAGGCCGGUCAAACUCAUUGGGAACAAGUCGGACAAGAUCUCGGUGCUGUGUCAGGCUACUUGCUCCGAUGCGAGUGGACACAAAAUGAUAUCCUAAAAGACUCAAAAAGGCAUCUACUUAAAUGUUGAGGUGAUGUUUUCUUGGCUGCAGUCGUAAAAUAAACCCAAGAAAAAGCACAGAGGCAGUUUUAACAGAUGUAAAUCCAGUUGGGAAUGUGUUUUUGUUAGAAAAAAAGGAGCUUUUGACAUUAUUUCAUAAUUCUCAAUCUGCACUUUGCCUUUUAGGAGGCACUUUGGUGGCACUGCAGUUUGUGUGUGAUUAAUUUUUUAAUUCAAAACCUGUGAAUCUGUUCCACAGAAACCUGGGACUACAUUGACUUUUGGAUUAUGUUGUUCAGGGCAUUUAAACUCAAUUUAAUUAAUUUUAAAGUCAAGAUAAAGAGCAUAUAACUUAUAACACUGAUUUACUCAGAAGUUGUGGGGAUUUUUUUUCUGAUCAACUGUGUUACCAAUAACCAAGACAGAUAACUCAGAGAAUAUGCGGAUAAUAGUUUAGAGACACAGUCAUUAACAAUGGGGAUGUUAUUCAAACAUAAGUGAAUGCAGUAAUUGAGUUUUGCUUUUUCUACAUGUUUAUAUGUCCUGUGUGUCAGCAUAUAAUGUACAGUUGAUUAGCUAUACUCUGAAGGAAUUUAAGGAAGACUGUUUGGCCAGUUGUUAUUUAAAGGAGUUUGUUUUUUUGAAAAAAAAAAAAAGCAAUGAGGUGAGACAGUACAAUGCAGUGUGCAGCAGCAGAAAACUAAAUAACUGAACCCCUCCAGAAGACCAGUUUGACCCCCACCCCCACCCACGCACACUCACACACUCCCUUCCUUAUUAUGGCUAGUGGUGGUUCUGGUAAAUCGGCUAGCGAGGGAUCAACCAGCACACCCAGUGGCAGUCUGCAGCAGAGGAAGCGUCUCUCCUCCAUCUGUGACACAUGUAAGGGCAAGAUGCAGCUGGUGGCUGACCUCUUGCUGCUGUCCAGCGAGACCAGGCCGGUCAUGACCUCCGAGGGUGUGGCAGUGGCCGACACCUUCGACCAAUGCCGUGACACGGUCAUCGCCAGGACCAAAGAGCUCUCCAUCCUCACCCACGACAUCCAGAGCCAGCUCAACAUGGGCCGCUUCACCGAGGUGGGGGACCGCCUUCUGGAGAUGGCCGACCUCGUGGUGUCUUUGACCGAGUGCUCGGCCCAUGCCGCGUACCUGGCCGCCGUGGAGACCCCCAGCUCUCAGCCCUGCCUGCCAGGUCUGGUGGACCGAUACAAGGUGACCCGCUGCAGGCACGAGGUGGAGCAGAGCUGCGGCGUCCUCCGGAUUACACCCCUGCCGGACCUCACCCCCCAGCUCCUCCUCGAGCUCUCACAGAACAUCUCCACAAACCUCAAGACUCUGACGGACAUCUCGUCGCUGGCCAGCGAGAGGUCCAGGGACCGCUUUGCGAAAGAGCAGUUCAAACUGAGCGUUAAGAGCAUGAGCACGAGCGGCACAGCCUUCCUGGCGUGCGUUAAGGAGGUGAAAACACAGCCCAGCGAGCUGACCAGGAACCGCUGCGUCCUAUUCAGCACCGCCCUGGUCCAGGCCGUCAGCGCCCUGGUCGGCUUUGCCACAGAGCCCCAGUUCCUGGGACGAGCCGCGAGUAUCUCCGCUGAAGGGAAGGGAGUACAGACUGCAGUUUUAGGGGGGGCCAUGAGUGUGGUUUCAGCCUGUGUCCUCCUCACUCAGGGCCUCAGGGAUGUCGCCCAGCAUCCGGAGAGCAGCUCCAAAAUGGCGGACUACCGGGAGCGUCUGCGGAACUCGGCGUGUGCCGUGUCGGACGGCUGCACUCUGCUCACUCAGGCACUCAGAGAGCGCUCCUCUCCAAGGACUCUGCCGCCAGUCAACUCUCAUUCUGUGAAUUAGUUUAGGAGGAGGGAACGAUCCUCCAGUCCUAUUCUGACGUACCAAAGAGACUCACCUGGGUUAUCCCUGCUCAUCAGGUUUAGAGUCAGACUAACAUCAGAAGAAGAAGGUUGUCUGUGGGGCGCUAAAACAACAGCUGCAGGGGUUUUGUGUCGCGCUGGAUGUGACUCAAACCGAGCCUGGACCUCCUCAACAAACAGACAGCAGCCUUCAAACCUGAAAAGUUUACCUCAGUUUUCAGCUCCGGUGAAAACACCAGCCUUGAUGAUGGAUGUAGCCUCGUUGUGUGAACCUAUGGUUGGCUGACCUGCUCUAUUACAUGUGCUUUUUGUGAGAUUGGAAAGAGUGAUCUGAGUGUCUUUUUUUUUUUUUUCUCAACGUGUGAAUUCUUAAUUGGUAAAAAGCUGCUGUGAGUGUGUGCCAUAGGUUUUACACUAUUUACCAGACUUCGCAUAGUAUUUUAAAGUGUUUUGAUCUUGCAUGUAAUGGAGUAUUUAUUUCAACUAUUAAAAAUGUUUCUGAUAUGA